AUGGAGCUUUUCACAAGGUUGCUCGGUGUUUCUUCCCAGAAGAAACAGAGCCCCCCAAACAAUCCGCAGCAGCGUCUGGCACGCUUUCGACAGCGAUACAACCAAGUAUUGUCGCAAUGGCAGAAAACGCAAAAUCUUGCCAACGACCGCGAGGCUUUGAGCAACAUCCGCCGCGGAUUCAAAGCCCUCACCGCGAUACUCAUCGACGAGUCUCGGUCGCCUGCACCUCACCUCUGCCUCCAGUUUACAGCCGCCCAGCAAAUAUAUACCGCCGUGUCUAAAAUUGCAGCAACGUCGUUCGAUGAAGGCGUCGUCGAAGAUGCAGUGGCUUUCUACAAUGCGCUCAUCGACAGCGAGGAAGAAGAUUUCCUGGAGAACGACGUGUUUGCGGUGUCUCUUAUGAACUUCAUAAACCGAACAGUGGGGUCUGGUAUAAUGGCCGUUGGAGAGGAUAUCGAGGCGCAGAUUGUCAGGUUGCUCUUCGCAAUAGCGGCCAAGAUCAAAUCGCAACCGGAGAUAUUGCCAGUAUGGUUCACUACCACCACUGUAGACUCUGGCAGUCGACCCCGAGCCCAAAGCAACGAUUUCGCUGGCACGACACAGAAAGAAGACUUUCCCUUGUGCUACCAACUAAUUGAUCACGUUCAUCACGAAGGACCAAUAGGAGACUUUGCUCGCACUGGUCUCCUCUACAUCUUCGAGUCUGCUUCCAGGUCAACGAACCUUGAACAAUGGAUAGUCAACAGCGAUUUACCCACCCUCAUGGCAUCAGGUCUUGGUGCGCUGUAUAGCCAACUCAGCAGGCAAGUUCUUGAGCUGUCCAGUAGUCAAAAUGGCUGGUCUGACCCUCAACAGAAAACUCUCCAUUUUACAUCCUCAAGACAACCUUCCACUUGUGCUGUCGUUUUCCGACUAUGUGGAAACUCAACCUAACAAUGACACUGAAAAUCUCCACACCACAGAGUUCCAGAGCCACAUUGGCACGUUCUUAUCUUACCUCGCAUUCUGGCAAGAUGUGCUUGAGCAUUGCAGGUCUGCAGAUGUCAGAUAUACACUGAUUGAUCACUUCCAUGUGUUGUUCUUGCAACAGCUCCUGUCAGUUUAAUGACCGAUUCGUCAACGGCAGUACGGCUAACAACGCACAGUUACCCUUCUCUAUUAGAGUCUUCCGAUGCCGACGGUGGAUCCUCUGUUGCUGUCCUCACAUACCUACGACGGAUCCUCGAUGCAUUAGAUCAUCCAGAACUCGUGCACAUGAUCCUGCAGUAUUUGCUAGCGCUACCAGACUACGCAGCUAUGUCAGGCAAUAUACCACAAUCGCCAGCUGCAGUCAAGAGGCGCCAAUCGUUGAUGCUCAUGAGCCAUAACGAGAAGGAAGACGAUCGACUGAACCCUUCGCUUUUCAACUUGGUCGACUUGAUCCUCGGAAGCACCGAUUCUCGGAACUCACAAACUGUCACCUCAGCAUUGAAGCUCACGACUGUCAUACUUGGAAAGAACCACAGCUACGGACUGGGGUCACUCAUCAAAGUUAUGAACGUGCACUCCAAGGAGCCGCACAGAACCGUUGGUGCUCUGAACAUCGAGCUCGAAACCUACCUGAACCUUGCCACCGCUCUUGCUGGUGAAGAUGGGGUUGACGAAGCCUACGAAACCCACCUCAGAGAUAUUCAAAGCCUUCUCGAAAGCCAUCCUUGCUCAUUGAGAGCUAUAUCCCUGCCCCCUACGUCCUCACAAGAACCAGCCUCGUCCAAUGCUGCGGAUGGUAGCAGGAGAGAAGUGCAUCAGCACUAUCUGAUACCAGAGGACCCACUCUUCAAGUCUUUGACUGAGCUACUGCUCCGGUUCUUGACAAACGACGUGGAAACAAAUUUGGCUUUGACGGAAGCAAUCGUUAACCUUGGAACAUGCUCACAGCUCCGCCUUGAGGGCUGGCUCUCCGUCGACCCCGCCGACUACCAUUUUGAAGACAAUGUACCUGACUCUAUCAUUUUCUCGAAUGACAGCCUUCGAGACGUCUACAUGGCAAACCGCUUGCCAGUGUGGAGCAGAUCAGCAACGCCGCAAUUGCUCGCAUGUGUACAAAGUUUACAGGCGCAGGUAGCAGCCCUUCGUGCUGACAUACCUGACUGGGACGAGCAUGUCGUCAACCGCAAAAACGCAUUCCGCUUCCAUGAGGAUAUGCGAGAUGCAAUGAAGCAGGCAGAGAUGCAGCCGAAAGCGGCUCAACAGCUUCCAGAGGCACCUGUAGGUUCGUGGACGCCACAAAUUCCAAAACAUGUGCUCGAAGGCUCUGCAACACCAUCAAGGGCACAAUCACCGAGGGGGCGGAAAGAGACUCUUUCCGAGCAACGGAACUCCCAGGCGUCUUCUCCAGCUCCUUCAAAGUUCGGUGGGCAGACGCUCGUAGGCUCCCCAUCGAGAGGAUUGUCACCAUUGCCUGCACCGCAAAGCGGAAAACGUCAAACCACGCUGUUCUCAGAUAUUGACGCCAAUCUCGCAGGGUUCAGGCACUCUGAUCUGUUAAGGAGGCGAAUACGAUUCCGCCGACCUGCAGGUUCGCAAGACAUCGAAGUCAUGUUGUCAAAGUACCAACCUCCGCCCAAAGACAUCCCCAACAAUGCCACAGGUGGUGCAGAGACAGACGCGCAGCAGGACGACAUUCAUGAAGCUAGUCUCUUACACAUUAUCACCAACGUGGUCAUCCUUCAGGAAUUUGUGUUGGAGCUGGUAGCCUUGAUGCAGAUCAGAGCAAGCUUGUUCAACGAGGUCAGAUUUGCAUAA